AUGGCUACGUCUAUUCUUGGGGAAGAGCCACGCUUUGGAACCACACCCUUGGCCAUGCUGGCCGCCACCUGCAAUAAGAUCGGCAACACCAGCCCGCUGACCACCUUGCCGGAGUCCAGCGCCUUCGCCAAGGGCAGCUUCCACCCCUGGAAGCGCUCCACCUCCAGCUGCAACCUGGGCUCCAGCCUGUCCGGCUUCGCGGUGGCCACCAGCCGCGGCUCGAGCGGCUUGGCCAGCGGCAGCGGCACGGCCAACAGCGCCUUCUGCCUGGCCUCCACCUCGCCCACCUCGUCGGCCUUCAGCAGCGACUACAGCGGCCUCUUUUCCAACUCGGCGGCGGCGGCGGCGGCGGGCGUGUCUCCCCAGGAGGCCGGCGGGCAGUCGGCCUUCAUCUCCAAAGUGCACAGCUCGGCGGCCGAGAGCCUGUACCCGCGCGUGGGCAUGGCGCACCCCUACGAGUCCUGGUACAAGUCCGGCUUCCACUCCACGCUGGCGGCCGGCGAGGUGGCCAACGGCGCGGCCUCGUCGUGGUGGGACGUGCACACCAACCCGGGCUCGUGGCUGGAGGUGCAGAACCCGGCGGGCGGCCUGCAGGGCUCGCUGCACUCGGGCGCCCCCCAGGCCUCGCUCCACUCCCAGCUGGGCACCUACAACCCGGCCGACUUCAGCUCCCUCACGCACUCGGCCUUCAGCUCCACCGGCCUGGGCUCCACGGCCGCCUCGCACCUGCUCUCCACCAGCCAGCACCUGCUGACCCAGGAGGGCUUCAAGCCGGUGCUGCCCUCCUACACGGACUCCAGCGCCGCCGUGGCCGCCGCCAGCGCCAUGAUCUCCGGGGCCGCGGCCGCCGCCGCCGCAGGGGGAAGCUCGGCGCGCUCGGCCCGGCGCUACUCCGGCCGCGCCACCUGCGACUGCCCCAACUGCCAGGAGGCCGAGCGGCUGGGGCCGGCGGGCGCCAGCCUGCGGCGGAAAGGCCUGCACAGCUGCCACAUCCCGGGCUGCGGCAAGGUGUACGGCAAGACGUCGCACCUCAAGGCGCACCUGCGCUGGCACACGGGCGAGCGGCCCUUCGUGUGCAACUGGCUCUUCUGCGGCAAGCGCUUCACGCGCUCCGACGAGCUGCAGCGGCACCUGCGGACUCACACCGGCGAGAAGCGCUUCGCCUGCCCGGUCUGCAACAAGCGCUUCAUGCGCAGCGACCACCUCAGCAAACACAUCAAAACGCACAACGGGGGCGGCGGGGGCAAAAAGGGCAGCGACAGCGACACGGACGCCAGCAACCUGGAGACGCCCCGCUCCGAGUCCCCGGACCUCAUCCUGCACGAGGCGCGGGGCAAGGACUCCGCCGGCGGGCCGAACGACUCGUAG